AUGGAAGGGUCCAUCAGACUCCUGGCCUGCUUGUUGUGUGUCAUCCCAACGGAAUCAUUUGUGAGAACUAAAAGAGACACUGCUGGGGAUUUGCUCAACACCGAGGUGCACAGUGCGCCGACCCAGCGCUGGUCCAUGCAGGUGCCGGCCGAGGUGAGCGCGGCGGCGGGCGAGGCCGCGGUGCUGCCGUGCACCUUCACGCACCCGCACCGCCACUACGAGGGGCCGCUGACGGCCAUCUGGCGCGCGGGCGAGCCCUACGCGGGCCCGCAGGUGUUCCGCUGCGCGGCGGCGCGCGGCAGCGAGCUCUGCCAGACGGCGCUGAGCCUGCACGGCCGCUUCCGCCUGCGGGGCAACCCGCGCCGCAACGACCUGUCCCUGCGCGUCGAGCGCCUCGCCCUGGCCGACGCCGGCCGCUACUUCUGCCGCGUCGAGUUCGCGGGCGACGUCCACGACCGCUACGAGAGCCGCCACGGCGUCCGGCUGCGCGUGACGGCCGCGCCGCGGAUCGUGAACGUCUCGGUGCUGCCCGGCCCAGCGCACGGCCUCCGCGCGCUCUGCACCGCCGAAGGGGAGCCGCAGCCCGUCCUCGCUUGGUCGGGCCCUGCCCUGGGCAACAGCUCGGUCCCGGCGCAGGGCCAAGGUCAUGGCUACCAGGUGACCGCAGAGCUGUCCGCGCUGACCCACGACGGCCGCUACACGUGCACCGCGGCCAACAGCCUGGGCCGGGCGGAGGCCAGCGUGUACCUGUUCCGUCUCCGAGGCGCCACGGGGGCCUGGGCGACCGCGCUGCUUCUCGGCGCGCUGGGCCUCAAGGCGCUGCUGCUGCUGGGCCUUCUGGUCUCUCGAGCCACGCGCCGACACCCAGAACACUCAGUUACCCAGGACACCCCAUCCCGGCCCCAGGCUCAGGAGUCCAGUUAUGAAAACUUGAGUCAGAUGAACCCCCGAAGCCCAACAGCUGCCAUAUAUUCCCCUCGGCCAUCAACAUCCAUUUGUGGACCGUAAGAAGUGAAGGCUGGCACCAGAUGUGGCUGGUUUGCCUCCCCCCAGGCCCUUUGGCAGCUCCCAGCUGAGCAAGCCACAAGAGGGACAAGACUGCUCCCAGGAAUUCAUCUGGCCUCCAACUUGAAUAUGCUUCUCAAAUCCCAUAAUACUGAUUCCAGUAUGGUCAACAUUCUGAAAAUAUGUGUGUGCACCUAUAAGCCUCAGCAUGAAACUUCUAGAAAAACUCCCCUCUACCUUCAUUACUUUGAACCCCAUAGUAAAGCAGACAGGAAAUUAGUCAUAAGGGAUAGAAGUCCAGACUUUGUCCUGGUUUGUCCCCAACUUACCGUGCAGAUGAGGUAACUUCCUAUACCCCUCUAAGAUUCAGUUCUUCCACUGUUGAACAUUAACAGUAAUCCUCCCCUCUGGCCGCUAUGUCCAUUUGGGUCUGUAAAACGGUAGAGCUGAGUAUGAGGCUGAGAUCUGGGCCUUUGGCUCUUCAGAGUUACUAUGGCACCCGCAUGAGUUUUGUGGAGAACAGAGUUGCAGAGUUAAGACUGGAGCUGGGCCUGGGCAAACUAUGAUCAGAGGAACAUCAAAUAUAGAAGCUGAGUAGCAAGGAGAGGCUUUGGAGCCCCUGCUUCCUGUGAUUUCCCUUGUGGCCAUCCCACAGCCGUACUACCUACCUGUGUGAUACCUUGUCAGCUGCUCUGCAUUGCCAUAAGCGGCGAUCUCCAGGAAAAGGCAACUGAAAACAUGCUGUCUCAGAACAUCUGGAGACCAUGUCUCAAGGGCUGAAGGCUGGUAGAACUGAGGGGAGAUCUGUGUUUUGGUAAAUAAAGCAGCUUUGACUCUGACUUCUAUUUACAGCCCACACCCACCCAGGAAGUGCAAAGUCCAGAAGCACUGGCAAUUUUGUUAUAUUCCUGAAGCCAGCCAAGCUAACUUGGAAGGGUGCUAUAUUCCUUCUCCACACUAAUGAGUAUAACUUUUGGUUCUCUUAAGAGACAGGGAGAAGUAUGCUUAGGGCCAGGUGAGCAGGCCAAGAGGAAAGGGCCCCAGGGUAGAGGACUAAGGGCAUGCUACUUAUUUGGGGAGAUACUCAGAAGGUUGAGGGCAGUGGUUUCCAGGCUUCCCGCUGUAGCAGGCCAUCAGUGCAGGUGGGUGCAGCUCAUGGUUGCCUUGGGAUACACCCAGAAGCUUGUCCACCUAGGCAUUAUCUGAGCUGUUCAGAGGGCACAGGAGUUGGCAUGCAUACCUCCUUGUAGAGGGAUACCCAUAGGCCCUUCCAAGCAAUACUUUAUCACCAAGCACAAAGUUAGAGACCCAAGAGUGAUGUGGUCGAACAUCUGCUUAGCCUCCUUAAAGCUAGUUUCAUAGCCAGGAAAAAUGGUGAUAGGAAUUAUGAUUGUUCAUAUAUCUGCUUUGUGAUUGACAGAAAUGUUUGAAGUUAUCUGUAUCAGUCAAGGUGGACUAGAUUGUACUGUAAUAACAAAUCCCAAAAUCACAGUAGUAAAAACAAUAAGGUUUAUUUUCAUA